AUGGAAGCUGAAAAUCCUCCGACGAUCGUCGAAUCGAGAAGCUGCCGUACAGAUAAGAAGCUGGUGGCGUUUAUAAUUGAGAAGGAAAUGAGAUUAGACGAACCGACGGACCAAGACAAUCCUUUCUGGUGCAACAUCAUCGGCAAUAUUAAUGCACUGAGAUUGUACGAUGAAUACGAAGGGCGUCGUAGGUAUAUCGGAAUCAAUUCUGAUAGUCGAAAACUGGAGCGUCUGAACCUGAUGAUUGCUUACGUUCUACCCAAUUCCUACUUGCUCAAGGCGGCAUAUGCGUGUCGGGCUUUCAUCGCGUAUAAUACCUUGGAGGAUUUCUAUUGCAUGUACAAUAUAAUGCAUGUACAGGAAAUAAUCCCAUACUCCAACGAUUCCGUAAAGAGUUGGUGUAAGUAUAUGCUCGAUAACGCUUUCAAUCGACGAUUGGGUGAAGAGUAUCCACAUCCACAUAAAGACCCUAAGACCCCGAAAUGCUUUAGCUACGUGUCGUGCGAAGAUUCGGUCAACUACGGUCGACAUCUGCACUCCAGGCGAACCCUGGUGAGAGGAAGUACGGUGCUUCAAGAGCUACCGUUUGUCAGUCUGCUGUUACCGGUGGACCGUUGGAUGCGAUGCCAUAAGUGUUUAAUACACACACCGCUCGUCCUGAUUCCAUGCCCAAGCUGCUCGGUAAUGCUGUACUGUUCGCAUACGUGUCGCAUCCGUGCCUACGAGGAGUACCAUUCGCUGGAGUGUGCCAUGAUAUCUUACCUGAUAUCAAAGUAUGAGCCCACCGAAAUCCUUGCGCUGCGACUUACGAUCCGUGUGUUCAAGAUGUUCCACGAAAUGCCGGAUGUGCUAAACUUGUACAUACGUACUCUAUCCGAGAAUAUGGCUGUUCACGAGUACAACAAACCGAACGGGUACGAUCUCAAUGCGGAGGCCGACUAUAAAAAGGUCUACCGACUGGCUACCAACCGACGUCAUCUCACCAGAGCACAACUGACCGCCAAUGGCUUAAGGGCAGUCGCGAUGUCUAAGCUGCUCGUGACGGCCCAUAAUCUACCGCUCAGCUUUGUGGAACUGCUUGCCGAGCUGACCCUGCGCCACAUGCACAUCGUUCGUGUCAACGCACUGGUGCUGCAUCGAUCCGUGGACGACCCUGCGAAGGAUUGCUUCGACGCCACAUCGGUGCCAUACGCACUAACGCUCUUGACGACCGGCAGCAUGUUCAACCACUCCUGCAAUGCGAACGUGGAGUAUUCGUUGUCUAAGUAUGGCACGAUAAAGUUCGUGGCCAACCGAUUCAUCAGCAAUGGUGCAAUGUUGCACAUCAACUAUCGGUGCGUACGGACGACCGACUUGAGAAUUUGGAAUCCGGAUGCUCCUUCACCUCAUCGGAAACUGGAUAUGUCCUGCCACAACAUGGCUGUUAUGAUACGAUAA